UGCGGAUAUAAGAAGGAUUGGCGCCGGCGCCACAGCUGAUUUAUGCAUUCAUCCAUUCAUUCAACCAUCGAUCACCGAGGAGCGGAGCCGUAAACCCACUCGACGCCAUGUUCAGACGCAGCGGUCGCAUCACUUUGCAAACCAGAGACUCGAACACACUCGAGCCGACGGUCCGAGCGCCGCUGAAGAGGAGGAAAGCAGAGCCUUCAAAGAAGAAACUACAACCUGCUGCCAAGAAACAGAGCUAUGAAAUACAGACGUGUUGGUUGGAGGACGGAGCGAGUCCGUGCGUCCUCAUAGAAACUCCUCACAAAGAGCUGGAACCUGCAGAUCCGUCCAGCUUCAAGCAGUACACCUUCAAGAACCUCUUCAUCCAGUCCUCCCCCAUCCCCCGCCUCAGCUGGGCGAGCUCAGACGACGUGUGGAUCAAGAUGCUGAACAAGGAGCUGAAGUAUGUCCACGACAAGAGCUACCUGCAGAGACACCCCAAGCUGCAGCCCAAGAUGAGGGCCAUCCUGCUGGACUGGCUGCUGGAGGUGUGCGAGGUGUACUCGCUCCACCGGCAGACGGCCUACCUCGCUCAAGACUUCUUCGACCGCUUCAUGCUGACUCAGGAGAACGUCAACAAGGACUACCUGCAGCUCAUCGGGAUCUCGGCGCUCUUUAUCGCCGCCAAGAUAGAGGAGAUCUACCCUCCUAAAAUCACCGACUUCGCCUACGUCACAGAUGGAGCCUGUGAUAUCUGGGACAUCCAGCGCACAGAGCUUCACAUCCUGAAGGCCUUGAACUGGAGUCUCUGUCCCGAGACGCCGAUCUCCUGGCUGAAGCUGUACGUUCAGGUCGAAGCUCAGACGGACGAAGAGAACUUCCUGGUGCCGCAGUUCUCCCAGGAAACGUACAUCCAGAUCACACAGCUGCUGGACCUGUGCAUGCUGGACAUCAACGCGUUGGACUUCAGCUACAGUGUUCUGGCUGCAGCCGCCUUCUGCCACUUCUCCUCGUUUGACGUUGUUCAUAAAGUCUCAGGCCUGACGUGGGACGGCGUGUCUCCUUGUGUUCGGUGGAUGAGUCCCUUCAUGGACGUCCUGCGAUCUCAAGACGCACCGCAGCUCAAGAGCUUCCCCAGAGUGAAGGCCGACGCCCGGCACAACAUCCAGACACACGUGGCCUAUCUGGACCUGCUGAGGACGUCUCGGGACCGUCAGCUCGACAACCUCGACUGUCAGCUGUCGCCCGUCGCCGUGGGAACGAUCCUGACUCCGCCCAGCAGCACAGAGAAACCAACCAAUCACUGAGCUCGCUGCCUGUAGCACAUUUUUGUUUGUUUUUCAGCAACACUAAAUCAGGAACUGAUUCCUCUUUUUAUUUGAUUUAUAUUCAUUUGGUUUUAGAAACUUUUGUUUUAAACAUUUUCCAGACGAGUAGUGUAAUGUUGGUCUCAGCAGCAGCAGCUCUACGUGUAAUACUCGAUGGUGCUUCAGUCAGACUCUCUGAACUGUGACGUAGAGUUAAUUAUUAUCUCCACCAGACUAAAGUGAGUAAACUCCGCGAAGACGUUUCCAUCUGAAGCAGGUCCGCUCUGACUCACGAGCCGCACGAACAAACAGACACUUUAUUUGUUGAACAUCCAGAAACCUGCAGGUGUUUGAACGCACCCCGGCCCGUUUGUGUGCCUCAAUAAUCCUUUUUUUAAUUUUAAUUUUCUUUUAAUCUUUAUUAUUGUUGCAACCUGGUUGCACGUUCUUGUUACAUUCCUGGGAAACUUGACAUGCAACAGAAAACUGCACUCGAUUGUGCAGAAUGUUUGCUUUCCUCUCAGUUUUAAGUGCUUGUAUUUAUUGAUGAGCCUUCGUGUGUAGGACGAGAUGUUUAUAUGUAAAAACAAACGAGUGAUGAACGACAUCACUUUGAUUUGCCCAAAUGCAAAAGCUAUUUAUGAUUUUGCUCAGUGACACGUGUUGUUGCGUUGCUGUUCAUCAUUAACUGUUGUACACUUGUUAGUGCCUUUUAAAAUAAAUAUGAACUGUGACUGUAACCCUGAGACCUCUGCAGUGAACCAACCAGCAUGUGAACUGUGUACAUGUUCAACAAUGUACCUUUGUGUAAAUAGAGCAAUUCAGAAAUGUGUGAUUUUCUUUCAUAUUGGAA